AUGCGCCGACUAUAUAUCUUUAUGGACGGAACCCGGGCAAUGACGAACGCGGGGCCAAAGUUCGCAUAUCUUAUACCCGAGAAAGAGACGACCGUCGUGGAAAGCCAGAGGGCGAGUGGACUUGUCGCAACUGUUCAUUUGACAACUUUGCAACUCGUCAAAAAUGCUUCCGCUGUCAGGCAGAUCGUGCCGGCGGAAAUGGCACCAGAAGAGCUACCCGCUCGUGUUGGCAACAUCGGUGAUAAUGAUGUAGCUCCGGACAACACGCCAUCUCAAUUCCUACUUUUCAGAGGGCUGGACAGUUCGGUCACCGAGGAGGUCUUUUCUAGGGGCGUACAAAAACUAUAUAAGCCCGCCGCUGAUGAGACUCAAAACACAGAGACUGGACCUAAAAAGGCCAAAGUUGCCUCUACUACUGGCGAUUCGAAUCUUGGUGCCAGAGAGGGGUCUUUGCGAAGGGUUUUGCUUGCUCGUGACCGACGUAGCAAUGAGAGCUGGAAAUUUGGAUUUGCAGAGUUUGCUACUCUUGAGGACGCACAAGCAGCUCUGGUCAAAUUGAACUCGUUUGAAAAAUUCACCAUCGCCUCGAGGCCAGUCUUAGCGAGCUACAUCCACGCCGGCGUUUUUGUUCCAGUCAUUAAUCCUACGCCUAGUACAGCGAGAUUCACGUUCAGUCCGUUGAGUAACGCGGCUAUGAAACUUGCAUACUGGGAUGAGGAUGGAUAUGUCACGGAACUGGUAGUCUCGACCGAGGAUCUCGAUAAAAAAUCCAAGACAGACUCGAAGACUAAGGAAGGUGACAAGGCAAAGAAACGAAAAGCGGAAGCAUCUAGCUCCGCUGGCGCGAAGAAAAUGGCCGUUCCUUCGCAUUUGCAAUUCUGGUCCAACCGACAUGCCGAACUACACGGUAUAAAGAAGGACGAAGACGGCCACGAUGAGGCAGGUAAAGAAUCGGAAAACAGCGCACCAGCAGCACCGCCUAGCCGAUCUUAUGCCGACCCGAACCGUAACUGUUGCUACUUGUGUAUGCGCCAAUUCAAGUCCUCGGCUGAAGUCAACCGCCACGAACGAUUGAGUCAACUGCACCGCGACAACCUUAACAAUGAAGGACUGGUCACGAAGGCCUUGGCAAAGCUCGAAAAGCACAAAGAUGAUCUGCCUUCUACGGAAUAUCGCGACCGAGCCAAAGAACGCCGCAAAGCAUUUGGCAGCUCACGGCAGACUCAAGCCAAACCAAAGCCUGUCGCGCCGAAACCAGACAUUGAAGAACCUGUAGCCGCUCCAGCUCCCUCUAAAGGCGCAGCUCUACUAAGCAAGAUGGGCUGGUCCGAGGGCUCUGGUCUUGGUGCACAGGGAACCGGCAUGACAGCCCCGAUAGCAACAGACGUGUAUGCACAGGGUGUCGGAUUAGGCGCACAAGGCAGUAAACUCGGCGAAGCGUCUGAAGAAGCUGCCCGGAAUACGCGUGGCCGAUACGAUGAGUUCUUGGAGAAGACAAAGGAUUUGGCUCGAGAGAGAUAUGAGCGAAUGUCUUGA